CAGUUAGUCAGUUACUUAGCCGCAGCGAAGCGGCUCGGACGUGCAAUCCCGCAGCGGUCGGCUUCGAUUAGAAAAAACACGCGACAAUUGUUUUUCCGAAAGACUCAAUCGUUAUUUGGUGUGUGAAAGUACCGAAAUUGAUGUAAGAAAACAUAAAUUUUUAUCUGAACUUUUUGAACCUCGAGAACAAGAGUGAGGAGCGAAAAAACAAAAGUUCGUUGCAGAUUUCCAUCUCGCCGGUCUUUGGCGAUCGGCCGAUGGCAUAAAAAACAAAAAGAAGGAUCGUCGAACGCGAGUGCAGCUCGAAUUUCUUCAUUUUUGUAUUCUGUUCAGUGUUAAAUUAAUCGUCUUUACGGUUCGCCGGAUACGAAUCAUUUUGUACAACGACGUCGUGAUUUGUUUACUCAAAGUUAUUUCACUAGAAGAAAAUUAAUGAAAUCGAAAAAAGGGUUUUUCACGGUACAAUUACUUGCUGCCACGAUGCCAUGGGCUUCGGCCUUUUUGGCCACCGGAUCGGCGAUUAUUUUCAUUCUUGUCGCUGAUCAAGCUCACGCCAGACAUCAUCGUACCGGCAACGGUCAUAAACCCUCCGGUGAUAUAUCACUCUGGAUCGACCAACAACAGAUCAAAAUGUUUAGCGGUCUGGAGAUGGAAAUUUAUGCAAUCACCGAAGGCCGAGUGCUCUCCUACCUUUUGGAUCCGGAAUUCGAGAGCAAGUUGCCCAUAAUACCGAGUGAAGUUUCCUACGUCAAUUUCACGUGGAAAUCCGGAGUGAAAAAGUACUAUUACAACUUUUUUCGAUUGAAAUCGUUCGAUGAGUCGAUACUCAAAACUCCCUCCAUCACUAUCAAGACCCGAGGAAGGGUGCCAAAAAGGCCAAAAGAAUUCACUGUCCUGUUACCUUGUUCGGGUAACAGUUCGGGAAUAGCGCAGCUCGGCAUUGGCCUGGUGAUCGAGACGCGCAAGGGUAAACCUUUGAACGGGACACCGCUACGUCUCAGCUUAAGAAAAGAAUGCGCCGUGCGCGGUGAGUGCGUCAGUCGCGGCCAAGAUCACCACUUCUCGACUCACACAUACAAACCCGAUCCAGGCCCCUGCCCCGAUGGUUAUCUUGGGCCACCCCAUUGCAAAAAAGCUCUUUGCUAUCCGAAUUGCAUGAACGGAGGGAAUUGCACAGCACCGGGAGUAUGCUCGUGUCCACCUGGAUUUCAAGGACCAUACUGCGAGGGAGGAAUUUGCACCGACAAGUGUUUGAAUGGUGGUAAAUGUAUUCAAAAGGACACGUGCGAAUGUCCAAAAGGAUAUUUUGGGCUGCAUUGUGAGUUCUCAAAGUGUGUUAUCCCUUGUUUGAAUGGAGGUAAAUGCAAGGGAAACAACGUUUGCCGGUGUCCGACAGGCUUCAAAGGAGAUCAUUGUGAAAUUGGUAGACGUUCCCCGCAGCGUUCAGCAUGUACCAGAGCAUGUCGAAAUGGAACAUGUCAAAAGGACAAUACGUGUCUAUGCGAUCAAGGAUGGUUUGGAAAAUUGUGCAAUAAGAAUAAGCCCUGGGCUUAAUUGAAAAGCAACGAUGGAAUAGACGUUUUCGUUGUUGUCAUUGCCUAGUGUAUUUAAUGACAAAAACUCUCAGAGUAUGUGAAUGCACAGCCAUUUUUGUAAAACAAAAAAAAAAGAAAUAAAAUAAGGAAAAUAGGAGUUGUUGAGACAUUGGAAUUAAAUCAAAUGGUUUAGUGCUUAGCAAAUGUCCAAUUGUCGCGGGAGAUAAGCGCAAUGAUAUUUUUGUCGCGUUUUAUUUUAUUUUGUAUUUCUCAAAUAUACCCAAACCAGAUGUGAUAUGUAAAGCUGCUUUACACCAUUUUAUACGAUUAAUAUUAUUGAUUAUAUUUGUAUAUUAAUAAAUGUAUUUUUAGCAUU